CUGAGUGCGGCAGUCAGUUCGGUUGAGGUUACGCCAAGCGACGGCACAGCGACGAACUUGGCCAAAAUCAAUAUAAAAGCCAAGCGCUGCAAACGGCAAUAAAGCAAAUUCAAUUGUGACUGCGGUUGUCAAACAAUCUCUGCGUGGCGUGUUGCUGUGUGUGUGUGUAUAGUGCAGUAUCGAAUUUUUGCCAUAACUACUCGCACUAACGGAGGGCAUUGGGACAAAGAAUUUACAAACAAGGCCGAGACAGAGGACAAUUUUUGCUGUUUCACAGUCGAAAAGGAAAGGAAACUGAACGAGUACGAGACGGGCAGGGAACUCUGAGAGAGCCACAUUAAAAUGGCUUUGAAUGGCUUUGGUCGGCGUGUCAGUGCGUCUGUCCUUUUAAUCGCCUUGUCGGUGCUCAGCGGAGCGCUGAUCCUGCCCCCGGCUGCAGCGCAGCGUGACGAGAACUAUCCACCGCCGGGCAUCCUCAAAAUGGCCAAGCCCUUUCACGAUGCAUGUGUGGAGAAAACGGGCGUUACCGAGGCUGCCAUCAAGGAGUUUAGCGAUGGAGAGAUCCAUGAGGAUGAGAAGCUCAAGUGUUACAUGAACUGUUUCUUCCACGAGAUCGAAGUGGUUGACGAGAACGGGGAUGUGCAUCUGGAGAAACUCUUUGCCACCGUUCCGCUCUCGAUGCGCGACAAGCUAAUAAACAUGUCCAAGGACUGCGUUCAUCCCGAGGGCGAUACCUUGUGCCACAAGGCCUGGUGGUUUCAUCAGUGCUGGAAGAAGGCCGAUCCCAAGCAUUAUUUCUUGCCUUGAACACCUGGAUGAUCCUGUUCUCUGAUUAACCCGUUGACGGCCCCGCCCUAAUUGUAUUAUAAUUUAGUUUUUCAAUAGCUGUCGAGGAAUAAA